AUGGAGAGGAAGAGCCCGGCGGCCGGGGCCAAGGGGAACCCGAGCCCGCCCGUGGUCGGUGAGGGGCAGCGGCCGCCGCCGCCACAGUGCGUCCCCGGAGGUGGUGGAGGGACUCCGGCGCGGGGCCCGGCUGGGGCGGCGGCCGAGCCCGCGGAGCUCAUCCGGCGCGCACACGAGUUCAAGAGCCAAGGGGCGCAGUGCUACAAGGACAAGAAAUUCCGCGAAGCCAUCGGCAAAUACCACCGGGCGCUGCUGGAGCUCAAGGGCUUGAUGCCACCUCCCGGGGAGCGGGAGCGGGAUUCGCGCCCAGCCUCGCCGGCUGGAGCCUCCAAACCCGGCCGCCUUUCGGAGGAGCAGAGCAAGACGGUGGAAGCCAUCGAGAUCGACUGCUACAACAGCUUGGCAGCCUUCCUGCUCAUCUUCACAUUGGCAACUCCCUCACCUAUGCUCCCAUCAUUUCUCUUGGUGUUUAAGCAUCCCUUGUACCAUCCUUGUGCCAUAUGGGAUUGGAAUCCCCAUGUCAUGACCAUCGUAGGAGAAGAAGAGUGGACGUCCCGUGUUCAGCCGUCAGGGCAUAGUUCCCCUCAGUCACUGGAAAGGCACCAUGAACUUAUGUGUACAAAGGGGAAUGAGGAACCUACCUCUGGUGCUGUUUCUCUCCUCAUAGACACCAAUGUGAUUCGGUACAUCCAGCUGACCGAGAUGAAGCUCAGCAGAUGCUCCCAGAGGGAGAAAGAAGCCAUGUAACCAGGAGCCCUCUCCGGAGCCGCGCCCAUGCCUGACCGGGGACCCCAGGCCCCCGUGGUGGAGAGCCUCACCCUGGGUUCUGUCCCUUUCUUCCCACUUCUUCAGGCACCUUCUUCUUCCUCCUGUUGCUCCCCAACACUGUGUCUACUCCCAGUGUGAAAAGAAGGUGUGAGCAGCUCAACUGGAAGAUGGUGGCUGCUCAGACAUGGAGCCAUCUUCUUCUGUUGUAGGUCAGUGCCUGAGGCAGGCCUUGCUUGCGUUGGGACAGCUGGGGAGGAGUCUCACAGUCUGGGGAUGGAAAUGGGGCCUGGACUUGGACCAGUGCUUCUGACAGGCAGCACACAUGAUGCCCACGGACUGGAUCCUUCUACACCUUCCUGAUACGCCAGAGCAUCUUGAGGCAACUGGAACAAAUCCAGGGAUGAGACAAACAGCCUGAAGCAUGGAUGAAGCCAACAUAGAGACUGUGAACUUGUACACUGGAGUCCCCCACCUCUCCCCAGUCACCUUAGUCCCUGCCACCCCCUCCCUCCCUUGGCUUGGCUUGUGCUUUCUUCUCUCCCUCUCAGGGAUCUGAGUCUCUGCCAGGAUUCACAUGCCAUCGAGGCCCACUCUGAGGGCCCUCUGGUGACCACACAUACCAUUCCCCACCUCCAGCCAGCAGGCAGCUGGGCCAAGGGUAGGGGCAGGGCAGGCUGUGUAGGGGAUGGGAUGGGGAGAUGAGGCCAAAGGCUAGUGACGGGACUGUGGAACAUUCAGUAUACAUAAAAACAAAUCCACAGCAGCAGUUGCUGUCAUUUCUGUUGGAAGCAGUCCACUCCCAAACCUCAGUCAGAGCUGCUUGUAGCCAGGCAGAACAGGGCUUUUCCCAAAGCCAUUUGCCAUUUGUCCAGCUCUGUACACCAUGUCAGCUGCAGCCUUUGUACUCUAAAGAGCGGGGCUGAGAUUGUGGAGACUGGCCCUAGGGCUUGGCUGUGUGGAAACUCGUAUAGCUUCUUUAGGAUGAAACUAUCUGAACUUAAUAUCUAGCCCGUAGAACGUAUUCAACAAAAAUGUGUUGAAUGAAUCAAUUAUGACUGCAGACUGACUUUCCUGCCUUAAACUAAUUUUACCCCAGCCUCAUCUCCUGAUAUCUAGCCUUCCUCAUGCUAUGCUGUGUUGCUUCAGUCAAACAAGAAACAUUCACUGAGGGCUUACUGCUCACCCAUUGUAGUGCAAUAUGCUGUGGGACACAUGAUACAGUCCCAAUCUUUGAGGAGAUGGAGAAGUUGAGACAUGCUUAUGGAUUAUUACCAAUGACCUUGCUAAUUUAUAUGAUGCUUAAACAUUUUCAAAGCACUUUCAUGUAUUUUUCGUGUGGUUAGUGACACAAUAUCGUAUAAAACUAAGAUAUAAGCAGAUGCAAUAAUGUUAAUAGUUAGGAUUUAUUAAAUGCACUAUC